AUGGCGCAGGCGGCGGCGGCGGGGUACUGGUGGGGCCCGCGGGCGGCCUCCUGGGCGUUAGCGCUGGCGGGGGCGCUGGCGGCCCUGCCCCCUGGCGUAGGCGGGAUGCUGCCCCCGCUUCAGCCGCGCCUCGCCAGAGCCGCGGCGGCCGCGGGCGCUGGAGGCGCCGCAGGCCCUGCAAGGGCUGGCGGCGCGCGGGCUUCGAGCCUGCGGUGGGGGGCAUGGGCGAGUUCGCCCCUGCGUGCGGCGCCGCUCCGAAAGGGCCUGCUGGCGCAGCUGCUGGGAGAGAAGCUGCCCGCGGCAAGGCGCGAGGUGCUCCUGCAGCCAAGGCGUGCGCCGCAGUUGCCGCAGGAGAAGCGGCGAGCGUGGCCCCUGAGCUGCCUGGAGUCGGCGCGCUCGGAGGUCCUUCUGGUGCCGCUGGCGGUGGAGCAUCACCUCCUGCGGGCGCGCCGCCGCCAGCCCCCAUCGCGGGCGGUCCCGCAGGCGGCUGGAGCGCGCCGCCGUGGGGCGCCGCGGGCGGAGCUAAACAGCUGGACCUGGCCGGAGGCUGCUCCUGCGGGGCGGCGGCUGGAGGCGUGCUCGGGAUGCCCGAUGGCCUGCCUCCGUGCUGCGAGCCAUUCGGCAUGCCCGCGGCCCGCGGUGGCGGCACGCCCGCGGGCUGUGGAGGAGCAGCUGCAGCUCCACCCUGGAGCGAUGCUGGAGAUCGUCAGGUGCGACUCGUGGUGCCAGCCUGGCGAGACCGCGGAGCCCCGCAUGUCAGGAGCCUGGCCCGCGGACGGUGCAGGCCAGUUCGUGGAGGCGACGGUGGAUGCCUGCAGCCAGGCGUACUUCUUGCCCGUGCUGCAGGGGCUCUUCGCCAGGGGCGCGUCGGUCCCGCACUUGUGCGCGCAGGCGUUUGAGACCUGCCACCUCUCCACCACAUUGGCCAUCAGGAGCGUGGUGCACUCGGACAUGAUGAGAGUGAAGGCGGUGCCGGAGCAGACGGUGCCGCAGCUGGCACGGGCCCCGCAGGAGGCGUCGCUGGCGGUCCAGCUGCUGCCGAUGGAGCUGACUGCGGAGGCGGCGGCGCGCAGACUGAGGAGCAGCCCAGGAGCGCCGAUGGCCGCGGAUCUGAAGCAGACUCGCGAAUUCUUGGCGCAGCGGGGCGGGGCCGCCGACUACAACGUGCUGAACAGCCAGAGUGCGAACGUGGCGCAGUACGACACACGCGUGCGGCACGAAGCCCGUCUUCAGAGCGAGACGGGCGGUCGCCACGUGCACGGGAUGAGGAUGAUAGGCGAGUGCCUGGGCACCCUCACUCGCGGAGAGCUGCCGCGCUUGGGCGAGACGCUGAUGCAGAGGCUGAACGCCAGCGGGCAGGCAACCAAGGGCGGGUAUUGGCAG